AUGACUGAAGGCAUGGUCUAUGAAGAAGACCAACUAGUAUGGGCAAAAAUACGAGGAUACCCAUGAUGGCCAGGAGUAGUAAUUUUUACUUAGAUCAGCAAGGUUGGAAAGACUAGCCAGCUGCGUUCAAAUGAAGAUAUACAGUAUACAAUCAAUUUCAUAGGAGAGAAUACACAGUAAACUCUAGGCAGCGCUUCUUUGCCAUCUAAAUAUAUAAAUGAAUUUGAUACUUAUUAUACCCAGCAUUCUAAAUUAAAAGGCAGAGCUCCAGGCAAUAAAUGAUUAUUGACAUGUAUUGGAAUUGCAAAACAGCUUUAUGACGGAAUCUUAAACGUUUCUAAUCUUUCAAGUAUUAAUGAAGCUUUGAUUAAGAAAAAACAUAGGCCAAAAGAAGUCAUAUUAAAUGCCGAUGCUCUAGCCCAGCCGAAAGAGCCUAAUUUUAAACUUGAGCAGCUAAAAAGGCUAAUUGAAGAAAAGAUUCAUAAAAUCAGCGAACUUCAAAUCAAGACAAAAUCAAGAAAGACUACAAAUAUUUUAGCAAGACAUGAAAAAUUGUUAUCAGAAUUCACUGAAGAAAUUAGUGACGAAAAAGACAAAGUUACCGAAAUUUGUGAGAGUCUUUAUGAAUUAAUAGAACUUGACAUAAAUGCCAAACUUUUAGCGAAAAAUCCAAUUAAAAAAAUAGUUAAGCUCUUAGCUAAUUUAUGUCAGAAAAGUAAUUGCGAUGUGCUCAAAGAACUUGCUGAGGUUGCUUUAAGGCUAAGGGAAUAUUGGAAAAAAAUUCGUGAACAAGGGAGCUUGGGAUUAGAAGGAUGUGGAAAAGUUUUCAAGCCAGUCUCUGAUGAUUCUUACAUCGCCGACAAGUGCUUGAGAAGACGAGUUUGUUGUAAAAUCGCUAAAGUCCUAUCCCCUCCCCUCAUAAUUAUACUAUUUAUUCUAAAAAAUCCUAUAUUUAUGCACCUCGAAUAUAGAAAAUAAUAAGUUCACAAUAGAAAAAGCUCAGGAGUUGGCUUUGUCUAUUGAAAAGAAUUUAAGGACAAAGGAUCCUUCUAUGUCGUCUAAAUAUAGGUAUUACUUCAGAAUUAUGAUAAGAGAUAUUAAGAAUAUCAGUCCAGUAGCCUACGAAGCUGCCACUGAGGUCAAUUAG